UGACCUGAGCCAGCUCUGCCUCUCUCAGCAUCCAUCCUGCUGCUUUCUGGAGAUCUUCUUCUUGUCCUCGACACACACGCAUCACCCCUCCUCGACUCGGGUCUCCUGUCACCAACCAGUGGACGAUGCAGACCUGCAGCCACUUCUUUUUAGGAUGCCGCUGCUCCUUUUAAACGUGCCUUUCGGGGAAUCUUUUUUAUUUUGUAUUUUUUUAUUUUUUUGGGGGGGGUGGGAGAGGAAUGAUGUAAGGACCGUGUAAGCCGCUCGCAGAAGUCUCCUCAACCCACCCCCCACCCCAACCCCCCCAAAAGAUGCAGAAGGGAAUCCGGUUGAAUGAUGGCCAUGUCACCUACUUGGGGCUUUUGGCGAGGAAGGACGGCACAAGGAGGGGGUGCUUGAGCAAGAAGAGCUCGGACAACACCAAAUGGCACACAAAGUGGUUUGCGCUCUUGCAAAACAUGCUCUUUUAUUUCGAGAACGAGUCCAGCUCUCGGCCAUCUGGAUUGUACCUGUUGGAGGGAUGCAUAUGCGACAGGGCUCCUUCGCCCAAACCCUCGCUGUCGGCCAAGGAGUGUUUGGAGAAGCAGUAUUAUUUCACCGUCAGCUUCACCCAUGAAAACCAAAAGUCGCUGGAGUUACGCACAGAAGACGUGAAGGACUGCGAUGAAUGGGUGGCUGCCAUAUCACACGGCAGUUACAGAAACUUGGCCACCGAGCACGAGACUCUCAUGCAGAAGUAUCUUCAUCUGCUUCAAAUUGUGGAGACGGAGAAAACGGUUGCCAAGCAACUUCGACAACAGAUAGAAGACGGGGAGAUUGAAAUUGAGAGGCUCAAGUCUGAGAUCUCUGGGCUGCUCAAAGAUAACGAGAAGAUCCACGCCAGUCCUGCGGUGGCCCCGACUGAUGACGACUCUGAAAUCAAGAAGAUCAAGAAGGUCCAGAGCUUCCUGCGAGGCUGGAUCUGCAGGAGGAAGUGGAAGACCAUCAUCCAGGAUUACAUCCGCUCACCGCACGCCGAGAGUAUGAGGAAGAGGAACCAGGUGGUGUUCAGUAUGUUGGAUUCGGAGGCCGAAUACGUGCAGCAGCUGCACAUCCUGGUCAACAACUUUCUGAGGCCGCUCCGCAUGGCUGCCAGCUCCAAGAAGCCGCCCAUCACCCACGACGACGUCAGCAGUAUAUUCCUGAACAGUGAAACUAUCAUGUUUCUGCAUCAGAUCUUCUACCAGGGUUUAAAAGCCAGAAUAGCCAGCUGGCCAACAUUGGUACUCGCCGAUCUGUUCGACAUCCUGCUUCCCAUGCUGAACAUCUACCAGGAGUUUGUGAGGAACCAUCAGUACAGCCUGCAGAUCCUGGCCCACUGCAAGCAGAACCGAGACUUCGACAAGCUGCUGAAGCAGUACGAGGCCAAGCCGGACUGUGAGGAGAGAACUCUGGAGACCUUCCUCACCUACCCCAUGUUUCAGAUACCCCGCUACAUCCUUACGCUUCAUGAGCUUCUGGCCCACACGCCCCAUGAACACAUAGAGAGGAACAGUCUGGACUACGCCAAAUCUAAGCUGGAGGAGCUUUCAAGAAUCAUGCAUGACGAAGUGAGCGAGACAGAGAACAUCAGGAAGAACCUGGCCAUAGAGCGCAUGAUCGUGGAGGGCUGUGAGAUACUCCUGGACACCAGCCAGACCUUCGUGAGACAAGGCUCUCUCAUCCAGGUACCGAUGAGCGAGAAGGGCAAGAUCACCCGUGGGCGCCUGGGCUCUCUGUCUUUGAAGAAGGAGGGGGAGAGGCAGUGCUUCCUCUUCUCCAAGCAUUUAAUCAUCUGCACCAGAGGUUCUGGGGGAAAGCUUCAUCUCACCAAGAAUGGCGUGGUCUCCCUUAUAGACUGCACUCUUAUGGAGGACCCUGAAGGCACUGAUGACGAGUCCAAAUCCGACAAAGGCGUCCAGGACAUGGAGCACCUGGACUUCAAGAUUGUGGUGGAGCCAAAAGACAGUCAGUCGUUCACAGUCAUCCUGGUGGCGUCCUCCAGGCAGGAGAAGUCUGCCUGGACCAGUGACAUCAGCCAGUGCAUCGACAACAUCCGCUGCAAUGGCCUCAUGAUGAACGCCUUCGAGGACAACUCUAAAGUCACCGUCCCGCAGAUGAUCAAGUCCGACUCUAGUCUGUACUGCGACGACGUGGACAUCCGCUUCAGUAAGAUGAUGAACUCCUGCAAGGUGCUGCAGAUCCGCUAUGCCAGCGUGGAACGUCUGCUAGAGAGGCUGACUGACCUGCGCUUCCUCUCCAUCGACUUCCUCAACACUUUCCUGCACUCUUACCGCGUGUUCACCACCGCUGACGUGGUGCUGGACAAACUCAUCACCAUUUACAAGAAGCCUAUCAGUGCCAUUCCUGCAAGGUCCCUGGAGUUGUUCUUUGCAAGCAGCCAGAAUAACAAACUCCUGUACGGAGAGCCACCCAGUUCCCCGAGGGCCAGUCGGAAGUUCUCCUCCCCUCCCCCUUUGGCCAUCGCCAAGAACUCGUCUCCGAACCGGCGACGCAAGCUGUCGCUCAACAUCCCCAUCAUCACUGGGGGCAAAGCUCUCGACCUGGCUGCCCUGAGCUGCUCCUCCAACGGCUAUGCAAGCAUGUACUCGACCGUGUCCCCCUUCAGCAAGACCACCUUGGACAUCAACAAACUCUACGUGUCCAGCCCCAUCGCCAGCAAAAUACCGGACGAGGGCGAGGACAAGAAGGACAAGGUGGAGGACACCUCAGUGUGCAAACAAGGUAAAACCAAACACACACGAUGGCCAUCAAAAAUACUGACUUCAUUAUCGUCCAAUGGAGCAGAUCUGUCUGUGCGGGAAGAAAGUGACAACGACCAAAACCAGAGCGAUGACGCCGACCCGGACGCCUCGCCCACAAAGUCACCAACCACCCCGAAAAACAUCAAAUGCAAAAACUCCUCAGAGUUCUCUCUGUUCUCCUACAACAACGGUAUGGUGAUGUCCUCAUGUCGGGAGCUUGACAACAAUCGCAGUGCGCUUUCCGCUGCCUCCGCGUUUGCCAUUGCUACAGCUGGAGCCAACGAGGGCACUCCCACCAAGGAGAAAUAUCGGCGGAUGUCUCUUGCCAGCUCAGGUUUUCCAACAGAUCAGAGAAACGGAGACAAAGAGUUUGUGAUCAGACGAGCGGCGACCAACAGAGUCUUGAACGUUCUCAGACACUGGGUGUCCAAACACUCACCGGACUUUGAGAGCAAUAAUGAGUUGAAAACAAAGGUCAUUGCCUUCCUGGAGGAAGUGAUGCACGACCCUGAGCUACUAACCCAAGAGAGGAAAGCAGCCGCCAAUAUCAUCAGAACCCUCACUCAGGAUGAUCACUGUGACAAUCAGAUCGCCCUCGAAGACGUGACGCAACUUGUUAGUGAAGUGGGCCCAGGAAAAGCGGAGCCCUUUGAGAACCACUCGGCCUUGGAGGUUGCAGAGCAGCUCACCCUGCUGGACCAUCUGGUGUUCAAGGUCAUCCCAUACGAGGAAUUCUUCGGUCAAGGCUGGAUGAAGAACGACAAGAACGAGAAGACGCCGUACAUCAUGAGAACGACAAAGCACUUCAACGAUAUAAGCAACCUGAUCGCCACAGAGAUCUUGCGCUCGGACGACGUGGUCACUCGGGUGGCUGUGAUUGAGAAAUGGGUGGCGGUGGCGGACAUCUGCCGCUGUCUCCAUAACUACAACGCCGUGCUUGAGAUCACCUCCUCCCUGAACAGAAGUUCUGUCUUCCGCCUCAAAAAGACCUGGCUCAAGGUGUCCAAGCAGACAAAAGCAUUGAUUGAUAAGCUUCAGAAACUGGUUUCUUCAGAGGGACGGUUCAAAAAUCUGAGAGAGGCUCUGAAGAAUUGUGAUCCCCCAUGUGUGCCCUAUUUGGGCAUGUAUCUCACAGACUUGGCUUUCAUCGAGGAGGGAACGCCAAACUACACCGAAGACAAUUUGGUCAACUUUUCAAAAAUGAGGAUGAUUUCUCACAUCAUCAGAGAAAUACGUCAGUUUCAGCAAACAGCGUACAAGCUGGACCUUCACCCAAAGGUAGCCCAGUACCUGCUGGAUAGGAGCUGUGUCCUGGAUGAAGAGAGCAUGUAUGAAGCCUCGCUCCGAAUUGAGCCCAAAGUGCCCAACUGAAGGGGGGAAGAAGGGGAUUACUCCAUGUUAUCUUCUCUGUUGAUAUUCCACAUUAUAUCAGUUCACAUGCACCGUUGCACACACCCACUUUUACAUACAGUAGUUGUACAUGCUUAUGAUAUUUGCUCUUCUGUACAGUAGAUGUUUACAAGGUGGUUUAAUAACACAGAACAUGUCUUUUGUUGUAUAGUUUUCCUUUACAGCAUAAUAACCGAGGUCACUGAAGUUUGUCACGUUCAUGUCCGUGUGACCAAUGACAUUAUUCUGCUUUGUGUUUCAUCCACAAUUGUCUGCAGCUAAUGUAGCAUUGUAAAAAAAUGCAUCAAAUCAGGUAAAAAAAAAAAAAAAAAAAAAAAGUCGAAGAAGAAGAAAACAGAGAACAGCCAACACAAAGGUUAUGUGCAAACAAAGACGUGGCGUGGUAACCGAACCAUCUCUAUGCUUCCUAAACCAAAACAACAAGGGGUUCGUCACUUCAUAUCUGCUCUGCAACAGAUGUUCCCAAAUUUUUUGCACCAUAGACUAUUUUUAUACUGACAGCAUCCAGGACAAAAAAAAACUCACAAUAUAUAAAGAAACACAAGCUAUUGUGCCUCAUUUGGUCACAUCAAAUAAAAUUGUAAUUUUGAUUAACGGUGAAAGGUGGUGAUGACAGACUGUUACCUUAGCUGACUAAUACUUGUAACAAUGUUGAGUUGAUCAUUUAUAAUAUAUUAUAUCCAACUAUAUAUAUCACAGUUGGCUCUGUGGCAGGAACUGCAGAUCAUUAAUAACAAAUUGUUGGAAACCAAUGUACAUCAAUAUAUAUUUUUGUGUGUGUAUUUUUGUUCAAGUCGUUUCUUGGUCUCCUGUCUGACUGUAGAAAAUCUUGCCCGAUAAGACUGGUUUGAGUAUGGAAGUUCAUUUGUGUCUUUGUUACCAAAGCUUUUUUUGGACAGAGAAUUCAUGUAUCUGAAUUUUUGCAUUUGAAAUUUGUGAACAAAAUUUUUUUUACAGUAAAUGAUGCUGACAAUUUAAUCUGAUAAAAAUUAUAUGUAAAAAAAAAAUUAUCUGUAAAAAAAUUCAGUGAAAAAAAAAAUUGUAAUAAAAAAAUUGCUGCGACUAUAAUUUAGUGUAUAACAACUCAGUGAAAAAAAAUAAGUGUAAAAAAAUUUAGUGUAAAAAAAUUCCAUUUAUAAAAAAUCAGUGAAAAAAAAUUGGGCAAAACAAAUUAAGUGCAGAAAAACUCAGUACAGAAAUGUUUGUUGCUUUAAAACUCAAGACCCACUUCCGGUAAUUUAAGACUAAAUAACCUCAUCGGCUGGUUUUGAGACAAAGAAGCGAAUAAUAUUUCUGCACUGAUUUUUUUUAUACCCUGUGGUGAUCAUAAUAGGAAAAGAGAGAGAGCAAGAGAGAGAGAGAGAGAAAGAGAGAGAGAGCUAUUUACCAAGGAGGUAUUUUCGAUUCCAGGUCAAAGGGGACAAGGAAGUCACUAGUUUGACAGUUACAGCAAGACACUAGUGACGUCCUUGUCCCUUUCGACCCGGAAAUACCUCCGUCUUGGUUAAUAGCUCUCCGUAUAUUCCAUCCAUCCAUUUUUUACCGCUUGUCCCUUUUGGGGUUGCAGGGGGUGCUGUAUACACCUAUGGUGUUCGCCACCACACUGUUUUUUUUUUAAAUGUAUUUUUAUACAAUGAAUUUAAAACACUGUAUUGUAAAAAACAGAAUAUUUAAAUAAAACUCAUACGUGUUCACGCGUUAAUUCUAGCAAAUUGUCAGCAUUAUUUGACGUAAAAAAAAAAAAAAAAUACAAAAAAAACCUUUUGUAAUAAAGACACAAAUUAACCUCCAUUGUUUGAGUUAUGUUGUUUAUUAUAUAGAACAGCUAUAUAGUUCAGCAAGUUUGUUUAUAUGAAAUAUCAUUUAUUUUUUAAUUUUAUCAACAACAAAAAAAACAUGGUCAGUGUUGUACAUUCAGGUGGAGCGAUACUUCUGUAGAUUAAAAAACAAAGAAAGGUUGUUGCUCCUGUAAUUAAAAGACAAUCUGUCCAUCUUGCUGUUCCAGUGAUUGUGGAACGUGACAGUAGUAUAUCACUCUGUUAUAUGCAUUGCUGUUUGUUAACAAUAUGAUAAAAAAAUAUAAGUGAAUGACCUCUGCCUGCAGCAUUCAAACACUAUUUUUGUAGUAGUAUAUGAGUGACCUGCUCUUUAUAUAAACUUGAGAAAGUAUUUUGUACUUUGUUGUUAAUUCACUUCACUAAGAUGUGCUGUACAUUUGGUACAUGCAACCCCUGCAUAUUUCUCUAUGUGAAACAGUGUAUUCCUUUAAAAUAUAUGCAUAUAUAAAAAGUUGUGUCCAAAAGUUUGGACACACCUUCUCAUUCAAUGUGUUUUCUUUAUUUUCAUGACUAUUCACAUUGUAGAUUGUCACUGAAGGCAUCAAAACUAUGAAUGGACACAUGUGGAGUUAUGUAUGUAACAAAAAGGUGAAAUAACUGAAAACAUGUUUUAUAAUUCAGUUUCUUCAAAAUAGCCCCCCUCUGCUCUGAUUACUGCUUUGCACACUCUUGGCAUUCUCUCAAUGAGCUUCAAGAGGUAGCCACUCACCCGAAAUGGUUUUCACUUCACAGGUGUCAUAGUUUUGAUGCCUUCAGUGACAUUCGACAAUGUAAAUAGUCAUAAAAAUAAAGACAAGGCAUUGAAAUGAGAAGGUGUGUCCAAAUUUUGGGCCUCCACAGUGUGUAAAUACAAACUGCUAAAACAGUGGUCUUGAAAACCAUGACCUUAGAUAUAAGUGACAACAAAGUGUUUUGCAUUUAUACUAUGAUCCUGUCUAUAACCAUUUCUGUUAGCAGGAAUAUAGUAAUGUAGUGCUUAUUUUGUGAAUAUUUGUAUGUAUUUUACCAUGUAUGUACAGGACACUUUUGUAGCUCACGUGGCAGGCAUGCAACACACCGACAGACAAAAUAGUAUUAAAUACGGUGGACACGUAUACAUGCACAUACAGUAUUAGUAUCAUACAUUUUUUUUUUGUUUGUUUGUUUUUUGCUGUUAUAGCAAUACCAAGUGGUAGGACAUUUAUGUUACAGCCCUUCAUGUUUCCACACCUCAGUUUUGUAAGGAAAAUAAAUACAUAUAAAAAAUAUAUACAUAAUUAAUAAAAGACAAGAUGAUUUAACAAGCUACUAUUGUUUCUAAGUUACCUCUCGCAAAUAAAUCCUUUUUGUCUCAGGGGCA